AUGAAGGUUUCAUCCAUCCUCGCGACCCUUGGUCUUCUUUCUACUGCGGCUGCCAAUUUUAUGGACACCUGCAUGGAAUGCGGCAUCGGCGGAGGGCCCGGGACUCCCGACCCUUACCUGGUCUGCAUGUGCAGAAGAAACAACGGCAACUAUGAGCGCUCGCAGAUUAACCUCUCGAGAUGCAUUACCAACGCCAACGGACGAUUGGUAGCACAGGCUAACGGCGGUUUCGGAGGGUCUUGCUUCGGCACCAGUAUCGCGAACAGCUGGACUCUUAGGUCUAAAUGCAACACGAUCGGCGGCGGCAGAGUCGAUACGAGCAUCGACCUUUACUGGGUGCCCAUUGACAACUUCAACGGUGACCUUCGGUGCUAUGGUCUCAACUAA